AUGUUCACAUUGUCAUUCUUUUCAAACUUCAGAAAACGUGGAAUGAAUACUUCACAUCUUUUAUUAUAUCAAAUUAAAAGCACACUUAGCGAUGGCAAAAUCCCCCUUUCUAUCAAUCUAUUCUUUAAUCGAGCUAAGCAUACAGAUAGUAAAUUAAAGCCUUCGAUAUCAUUUCCCCUUGAGCAACAAAGUAACACCAUGUUCUUUCCACAACCAAGUAAUAUUUCAGGACAAGAUAGAAAAGACCCAACAGCCGGAAGGACCUUUCAAGUUAAGGGAAAUGCCGGUAUAGUUUAUAGAAGAUUAUGGGGAGUGUUAACUGCGAAUCAAAUACGUCGAGAAGUUCGAGAAAAUCGGUACUAUGAAAAGCCGACUGUUAAGAGAAAAAGAUUAGCGAGAGAAAGGCAUCGUAAAUUAUUCAAAGAAGCAGUUGCCAAAAAAGUGACAUUGAUCAUGCAAAUGAAACAGAG